GAGGCCGCUGUCUGUGCGCUCUUGGGUAAAUAUUCGUUUAUUUUUGCAAUUUUCUAUUGUGUGAUUGCUGGACAGUGUUUUUCGUUGGAUUGAUUUUGGUUAAGGAUGAGGUGCCGGGGUUCAGGAUGCUGAGGGGCUGAGAGGGUCGCACGAUGCCAGGACUCGACGCCUUAGGGGCGCUCUCCGUCCUUAAGGAUAAGGCGUCCGGCAUCUUCCGCAGCAAUGUGCGGUACGAGGAGUUCGAGAUGCCUCACAAGAACCUACAGGAUGUCCAGCCCACUCUUGGAUAUGCCAAAGGCGAAGGCCUCCCCAGAUCCCCGGAGUCCCCCCCUGAGCCAGAGAGACCACCCCUCAGGCACAUCGACAAGUACAUCGCCCCCGAGUGUCCCUGCCUCUCCAAGCGGUAUACCAUCGCCAUGCUCACCUGCGCGGGCUUCAUCAUUUCCUUCGGUAUGAGGUGUAACAUGGGCAUGGCGAAGUUAAAGAUUUUUGGAGAGCCAACCAAAACCCAUCAUCAUGGAAACCAUUCUCAUCCCGACGAACCAAAGGAGGACGACGAUGAGGUUCAUUUCAACUGGAGUGUGGGAAUGGAGAGUGCCGUAGACUCCUCGUUCUUCUGGGGGUACCUCGUAACCCAGGUUCCCGGUGGUUUUUUGGCCUCCAAGUAUCCUGCCAACAGAGUGUUCGGCACAGCGAUCGCUUGCUCGUCGUUCCUGAACCUUCUGGUGCCCGGAGCGACUAUGCUUCACCCAAUGGCCGUCAUUCUGGUGCGGGUGUUACAAGGUUUAGUAGAGGGAGUAACGUACCCCGCGUGUCACGGCAUUUGGAGGUACUGGGCGCCACCACUAGAGCGCUCCCGCCUCGCUACCAUCGCGUUCUGCGGCUCAUACGCUGGAGUUGUCGUGGGGAUGCCGCUCUCUGGCAUGCUCAUAGCUUCCUUCAGUUGGCAGGCUCCCUUUUAUUUUUAUGGUGUCGUUGGUCUGCUAUGGUAUUUGGUGUGGCUAUGGCUCUCCUUCGAGCGACCCUCCAAGCAUCCUACCAUCUCGGGGCGAGAACUGAUGUACAUAGAGCAGAGUAUUGGUACUACCACCCAGGCCGCUCUCCCUACCAUCGCUACCACCCCUUGGCGUGCUUUCUUCACCUCCAUGCCCGUUUACGCCAUCAUAGUCGCCAACUUUUGUAGGUCCUGGAACUUCUAUCUAUUAGUCCUCUUCCAGGCCAGCUAUCUCCUGCACAAUUUUCACCUCCAGAUCGAAGAGACCGGGUUUAUCGGUGCACUGCCCCACUUGCUAAUGACAGUGAUAGUUCCCUGCGGUGGCCUACUGGCUGAUCAUAUCCGCAAAAAGGGAAUCAUGUCGACCACCAACGUACGGAAGAUAUUUAACUGCGGCGGCUUCGGUAUGGAGGCCGUCUUCUUCAUCGUGGUCGCUUACGCGCGGUCAGCCUUCACUGCCACGCUCGCCCUUACCUUUGGAGUAGCCUUCAGUGGGUUCGCAAUAUCAGGUUUUAACGUUAACCACCUGGACAUCGCCCCGCGUUACGCCAGUAUUCUGAUGGGGAUGUCGAACGGUAUCGGCACCAUCGCCGGUCUUAUCUGCCCCAUAGCCAUCGACUACAUCACUUACAAUCAAACGCACGAAAGCUGGAAGCACGUGUUUCUGUUGGCGGCGACGGUCCACUUCAUAGGUGUCACGUUUUACGCGAUCUACGCGUCUGGGGAGUUGCAGCCCUGGGCGGAGCCCGAGUCCGAAGAGAAGAAACCCUGGGAUCCUCUUGAGGGGGCGAAGCCCCAGUGGGACCCCAUGGAAAGUGCAAUCACUAGUCCGCCGGAGAAGCUUCCACCUACCAACCCGUUUGCACAACCCGCACCCACGAACCCCUUCAAGGCGCAGAUGCUCAACUAUGGGUCCAUGGACCAAGGGCCCGGGGGACAGUUCGGGUACUCGAACCACAUCAUGACUGAAGCUGUUCAACCCGAGAGCAAGGACAGCUACAUGCACGACCCCCAGGCCUACUAACCAGCUCCUGCACUCCUUAGUUCAAUAUCAGAUAGGUAUUAAACCACAUCAAGGAGCUGGUUUAGAGAUUAAACUACGCUACCAUUUUCAGUCAUGGGGUGUAUAAUUCGCCGAUAUUUCUAAAACUAAAAAAUUCUUACUGGAGUAUUCUUUAUCUGUUAAUUUCUUUUAUUGUUAUAAUAUAUUCUAAAUGUUAUGAAAAACGCACACAUGUGCUCUAUGUAUUGAUUGACAUGUAAAUUGAUUGGAGUGAAGAACUGUUGACAAAAAAAAUUGAGUCUACAUACCAUGUAUGAAUUUUAGAAGAAUAUAAAAGCUUACAAAUUUUAAUGAGCAUGAGCAAAAAAUGUCUUUAAAUUAUUAACAGAACUGUAAAAUCGAUUUAGAAUCUCCUGUACUUUUGAUUUAUGUUAUAUUUUUACACAAGGGUGUUUGCUUUCUAGUGUAAUUCAAUUCGUUUAUCCAAAGACAUGUUGACUGUUAGCAUCCUCAUAGAUUAGAUAUAUUUUCUACUUUUAGGUGGAUGAAAUAAAUUUAAUGUCUAAGCAAAUAUAAAUUCAAUAAAAUGGCUAAAAUUUAAUUCAGUUUUUUAAAUUUUUCACAUAAGCAAAUUAUACGUGAAUUGUAUAGCAUUCGUUGAUUACGGCUACAAAACUAUGUAUUCUUUAAAUUACAUAUAUUUCAAAAAUAGCCAUUUUAUUUUUAAAGGUACUCUAGUCUAUUCCCAUUUCUGUAGCACAAACACUCUGCCUUAAUGUUUCCCACGCUCUUGUUAUUUUAUAAACCAGUACAGUGCAUAUUUUUUCAGAUACUAAAUAGUAGUAUACAGGAUCGUGAGGUAGGUGAAGAUAAUUAAUCUUAACAGCGUGAAGGUUUUAUAUACAGUUGAAAGUCUUCUGAUUCUGUACUCUGUUCUGUACAGAACACUCUAAUUCAUGCGAAUAGCUAUAAAUCGGAAACUUAUAACUAUUUACAAAUUAAACCGGCUAUAACUGUCUGUAACUUCUUUAAAGUAAAUUUAACACCAAAUGUUGGAUUUGUUAUCCGUUUCACAUCCAAGUGGAUUCAAUUAUUUAUUUUAUCCGGUUUUUAUAUCUCAAAUGUAUCAGAUGUACCGUUUCAUGAGAUUUGUCUAAUAAUUUCAUGUUUUAACAGACUUUGGUCUCCAAUAUCUCCUAAGGUGUAAUAUAUACUAAGGUAAUGCUUUCAAAAGUUCAAUAAGAAAAUAAGCUGUCAAAUUAUAUACUUACAAACUUCAAUUGAUUGAACACUUACCAUUUGUGAAUCCAUCUGUUGAUAUUAACUUAGGGCUACUGCCAUGUAUACGGAUUUAAAAGUUCUUGAUAGGUUUUGGUAUUUUAAAUUGCAUGUUAAUUUACUUAAAAACAAUUUAUAGAAGAUAUUUUAAAAAAAUAAAUAGGAUUAAUGUAUUCACCAAAAUUGGAUGAAGUAGCAUCGUGUUCUAUAGUAUUUUUUAUAUUUCAAAAUCAACGCUUCCCAUUCUUCAUUUACUUAAAACUAUCGCUUUAGCUCCACACAUUAAAAAAACAGAAUAAAGUCUCUUCAUCAACCUCACAACUUAUGAUGUAAAGAAAACAUCCGUAUAACGAAAUCAAAACUUAAAAUUAUGCGACCGUAGUUAAACUAGUAACAUCAUUUGGUUAGAAAUAAAUACAAUGUAUUGUUUUUAAAAUUAUGUCUAGUUUUAAGUUAAAUACUGAAUACACUGUGUGUUAGUUUGAUAAUUCUUUAAACGCCUCAGAUCAAACCUGUUGUUUGCGAUGAGUUGGCCAAGAAGGUAUUUUUAUAGCUUCUAACUCUUGCCAGUAGUAUUAGUGACUUUCUCAGUGUGUUUGAAUAAAGGACUAGAGAACUACGUCAUUGAAAAGACACACAUACAUUAGACGAGCUAAUGCGUGCUUUAGCAGCGCGUUAAACUUGGCAGAUGUAUUUAUUUAUUUAUGUAAAUUAAAAACAGUGAUCAUUUGAAGUGUUUUAUUUAAUUUAUUAUAACUUUACCAUAACGGUUAUUUGUUUCUAUUGUCAUUCCAUAGCAAAAUAUUAAUUUUUAAGGUAUAUAAACACGAUAUUAUUUGUCUCAAGAGUUGUAUUUGUAAUAUUCACUGUUUAUAUACAUACAUUGCUCGUGACUAUAUUGGUAGUGGUAUGACACUGAUUUCUCUGAGUGUCUUUGGAUGAGUCUAUAUGUAUAUGUGUAUCUUUUCUUCAAUGAUCUAAGUUUUAAAAGAUCAUGUUUGUACUAACAGAUGACCGCCUCAGAGUUCAGAAUAUAGAACUAUGUAAAUGCCUUUUUAUGUGUAUUAAUGUACAUUUAAGUCAGGGAUCCUGACCUACGACAAUAUAGUGAAUGUACAGAGGUUUCGAUACGCCUAACUUAGAGUAGAGCAAGCCGCAAUCAACUAUGUUCAUCCCUCAACGCCAUUCACGCUUACAUCGUCAGCUGCAGGAUGUGGUUUACUUUGUGCGAAAUAAUAUACAUAAUGAGUGAUUCAAAAAGAGAACUGGUUUUCAGAUAUAAAGUCAAAAUAUUUACUUUAAUACAAAACUAAAAAUAAAUAUACCAAUAUGUUUAUAUAACUUUCCGAUUUCACAUAUGAAAUAUGAUAUCAUGCAUGUGAUCUCUACUGCUCUGGCACGUAACAAUUCUGUCCGUGAAAUUCACAAUUACUGCACGAUAAGUUUCCACUUCCAUCUCGUCCAAAACCUGUCGAGUCAUGGGGUUUUAUUGGUAUAUACGAAUGACUUCAGAUAACCCCAAGAAUGAAAGUCACAAGGUGGAUGUCAGCGACAUGUAUAACAUCAUAUUUCAUACGUGAAAUCGGAUGGUUAUAUCAAUAUGUAAAUGUAUAAAAUUUUUAGUUUUUUAUUAAAAAUAAUCUAUUAAUUUGAUACCGGUAUAUCAAAACCAGCACUCUUUUUUAAUCAGUCGAUGCGUUUGAAAGCUAUUCGAAUUAAUUCACUGAGAUUAAAAUUAUAAUUAUGUUUUACUUCAUUCGGACUAGAAUUUCAUUGUAAGAGUCCAACGACCUUAAAUUACUUAAAAUAUAUUUAUGAAAUUUUAAUGAAUUAAAUCUAAAAUAAAUAUUUUAAAUACUAAUAUAUUUAUUUUAAUUUAAAACAGCAGAAUAUCGUAACUUUAUGUAAGAAACCAGUGUAAUCUCCAUAAAUAUACAUGAUAACUUAUAUUGAACCAUUCAAAAUUAAUGAGUUGAGCCAUGAGAUGAACGAAAGAUUGUUUAUUGCGGUACUUAGUUUAGUUCAUAAAUGUCGUCUACUAGAUGUAUUAAUAAUCCUCAAUAAAUGAAGACAAUAAGGUUUUAUUAUUUUCCUUGACAAUAAUGAUUUGCCUCGCUUUUGAGCAUUUUAUAUAGUAGUAGUCGAUGAGUUAAUUACAAUGUUUUAUGGCAUAUUUAUUACAUUUUAAUAUACAUUAUACAAUUGUACUUUAAAUAAGAGGAGAGUUUUGAACUUCAAUAGAAUAUUUAUUACAGUGUAUUUCGGCCUUUAGAAAAAGUAUUCUGUAGCUAAGUUAAGUAUUAUUAUUUGUGUCUUCUUUGCUCUUGUUCAUCGUAAAUUAAAGGUACUUAGGCUAUGGGCUGUAAAUUUGAUUUGAAUUUGUAUCGUGUUAAAUUUGUUGAUUAUAUUGGUAGCACAUACUUUUGUAAGACCAGCCAGGGAUGUAGAAGAUUUGCAAAUAGUUAAAUAAACCAAUUUAAUGUUGCCUGUGGAAGAGUGGUUACCAAAAUUAUUAAAAUAUUCUUUAUUAUUGCUAUCUUGGAUUAUAUAGAAAUGUACAAACAUAAUUUUGCAUAUUAUUAAUAUUUUUAAUAGUAUUAUAAUUAGUUUUGUCGGCAUUUCAAGAGCUCAAAAUUUUUUUUCAUGCCUUUUGAUCAUUUUAUUAAACAAUAAGUCAUUUAUAAAUAUUCUUAUUUCAUUAGCAAAUUGUAUAAAUUAAGCUUGUUUGUAUAUAAAUGUGAAGGCUUUAUUAGAUUGUAAUACUAUCAGCUGGGCGUUGUGGAUAUAAUAUUUACAUCUUUUUAAAUACAUUUUACUUUGCAAAAGAAUCAGCCGUGUGUUAUGCUUUAUUAUACUUGUUAGUUUCUUUUUACAAAGUAAUCAUAUUUGGACUGUUUUACACCAUAUAAUUUAUACUCUGCUAUUUACAGUUAUUACUAUUGAUUCUCACAUUUAUUAAUAUUUUCUCCACAUUCUCAGAUGUAGUAUUUGUUAGAUAACUGUAACAAUACGCGAAGUAUGCGACUUUGAAAAGGCUGUGUUGACAAUAAUUAAUAUUAAGGAAUACUUACUUGUAAGUGUAGGAUUAAGUGUAGAAAUUAGUAUAUUACAUUUAAUCGAAAUGGAGUAUUAAGGUUUUUUUUUGUGAAGUUAACUUAUUAUUUAUAGUGUUUUAUAGAUGGAUAAUUUUUAUUAAGCAAUCCUCUUUGGUAUAUUGUUAAAUAAUUGGUAUGCUCCGGAAGAAAAGCUUUUUUUAAUAUUUAAAAUUAUUAAGCGUAACAAGAACAACGUAUGUAACCUCAUUGUAUAUUUCUGCACUCAUAAUGUCCCAGAUGCACUUAUACGUAUUUUAACACUGCACGUAAACUAAUACUAACCAAAUUAUUUAUUACAUUAAAUUCAACCAUAAUUUUAUUCCCUUUCCCCUCCAAUAUCGUUACCAAUACUAUUAUGAAUAUGUUACUUAAUACUGCACAUCCUUGCCCUCAAUGCACCAUCAUUAUUAGCACACGUUAAUGGCAUCUUGUCUUAGUAAUCUCUAUCAUACGUUUUACUGUACCACAGAAAGAAUUGCUAUUUUUAUUUAAAUUUCAACAAAAUUAAAGCUUUUUUAUUCGUAGCCAUAUUAUUUUUGGAACAUAGAGAUAUAUAUUUAUUUAUGUUUUAUAUUACAAAGUAUCUGAUUUUAAAGUAUUAUCUAUAAAAUAUAAUUAUUAGUUUAAUUUGGUGGCUUUCCGCACCUUUAUUUUGAUAUGGGUCUCUCUUAAAUUAUGUCUUUCGUUUACAGAAACUUUUCAAUAUAUUCUUAGUAACAUAAUCUUGCAGAUCUUGGUCUUCCACCAUUAAAUUGUUUUUUAUUGUAAUGUGAUCGUAUUUUUUGUAAACUAUGAUGCAAAACACGUAUGGUAAAUUAAUUAUUUCAUUUAAUAAAUUUAACAAAACUAACAGAUCUGAUUUGAUGGAAUAUCAAAGUGUGUAGUGCAAUACUCAAGUGAAUUAAACAUGUUUGCAAUAUUACCAUAUGAAAAUUAUUAGAAAUUAAACAAUAUCAUAAGUUUUAAAGUUAGUCAUGCAAAACCUAUGCCGUGAUCUACCAAUUGAAUAUCUACUUUAUUAAAUUUUAUAAGCUUAUAGCUUACUAUUGAUAGAGGUCAUGCGUAUAGAAAAUGUGUAAAAAUCCUAAUGAAAUUUUUAAUUAACACAAUUACCGAUUUAUGAUGUACUAUUGCUAUUAGAUUACAUAUAUUUUAAGUUUGGAAGAAAUAAUAGCGAAGAUGUUAAAAUCAAAGAAUAAUUUACUUUUAUAUAUUAAUAAUUACCCAGAACAGCGUUACAGCAUGCUAUACUGUACUUGAACUAUUUGUCAAUAAAGAUUAACUAAAAAUAGUGAAGAUAAUUAAAGAAUAAUAUACAAAAAUUAAAAAUGGAGAAAUAAAAAGAUUUCUCAUGUAAUAAUUAGAUAUAACUUUGAUAUACAAUUCCAGAAAUAAAAAAACCCCAAAAGUGUAUAUUUAACAUAUUUAAAAUAAUAUUUACACAACAUUGAAAUCAAAAAUAGCCAAGAAAAAUAAAAAGUGUUUUAAUAGAAGUGUAUUUUUAUGUGGAUAAAAAUUGUAAAUGAAGAAUUUUUUAAUAAUUCGGAAUACCUUUUUGCUAUAGUUUCUAUUAGUAUAAAAAGUUUUAAUUAGUAUAAAAACAAAAUCCAUAUACUAUUUAAUAUAUAUACAUAUAUAUAGAUAUAUAUUUAGAAAAAAUAUUUAUAUCAUACAUCAUUCAAGAGACUAGAAAAUUAUUUACAUUAUUUACGGAAUUUAUAUCAUUAUACAAGUAGUAUAAUUAAUGUACUUAUUCAUUUCUACAUUUUAGCGUAAAAAAAUUCCAAGAUUUAAAUUAAUUGUUCUACUAAGCAAUGGCUCUAAACAUAUCUAAAUUUACAUUUUGCUUCAUUGAAAACUCGUUGCAUUAAUCAAAAAUAAAAAUACAUUUAGUAUAAACAAUCUUGGAUGAGAGUAAAAAUAUAGUUUCAGAGUAAUGUUACAAACGUGAAUACGUUCAAAUUUCAAUAUAAAUGAAUAUCCAAGGAAUACAAGAUAAUAAUCUUAUGCUUGCUUACUAUCUAGAUUCAUAAGUGCAAUAUGUAAACGACAAUAAUGUGAAAGUGAAGUUGUAGAAUGAGACAAUAACCUUUUUUAUGUACAUUGAAAGGGAUCAAUUUUGAUAAUCUUUGGUAGAAUUGUAAAGGUUCUCUCUAGAUAAUCAUCAGGCACUGGUUGACUCGCACUCUAUAUUUGUCAAAUUGAGAAGUUUAAAAAAGCACUUGUUAAAUAAGUUCACUGCUACAGUUUAUAAUUUUUUAAGGUAUCCGUAGAGUAAAUGAACUACUGUAAAAAUUAGGAUAGUCAGAAACGUUGUACCAUAGGUGAUAGCAUUUAUUAACUUCUGUAAAUAUUAACCUGUAAGAAAAUAAUUAUCAUGUACGUAUGACGUGAGAAAGUGAAUAAUAUGAAAGUGAAUAGUAUUAAUGUGAGAGCGUGUUAGAGUGAGCGUCAGUAUUAAUUAGUAUUGCUUUACAGUUUUGAUUAUUUUCACAUUUACAUGAAGAAGACACUAAGAAAGACGAAAGCUAUGUAGGUUAUUAUAUUUAUUAGUACGCUUGGUUUUUUUGAAAACCAAAUAGUAGUUUUAACGUGUAAUUCAAGUGUAUCACUAGCUAAGUUGUAUAUUUCACUAAAAGCGAGAAUUCACUUAAUUUAGCAUUGUUCUCGGCUACUAAACAUAUUUGUAAAUACUCUUCCUUGUAACAUGUGUUAGCCCUUAAGGGCUUUAAUGAUCAUAUUCUACUUACUUAUCCACUUGUGUAUACUUAUGUAAAUGUUAGAUUUAGCGAGUAACUUUAUCCCGCCCUCUAUUCAAUUAAAAUUAGUGAGUUAGUAAAUGUUAAGUGUUCCACAGUUUUGGUUCGUAUAUUUUGUGUAGUUUGUAGUUUACGUAUUUAUUCCCUUUACAGCUGAGUGCGUAGAAAUGUUCGAUCACCGCCGUACCACUAAUCUGAGUUAGUAUCGUGUAAUAGAACAACUUACUGUGUUUCUGUAAAUACUGUAAAUAGUGUACGUGCUACAUUAGACUAUUAUCGGAUCAGUUUACUGAAUGUUUUUGUUUCAUAUAGUUUAUGAAAAGUUAUGUAAGAGGAGUAACAGAUGUUCUUGAUUCUGAAUUCUGAUCGGCCGUCUGCCAGCAAUAAUGGUGACGUGUGAUCAGUUGUGUAUGGUUUAUAUAAAUGUUGUUGAUGGCUUCCCAUUCACAUAUAAGAUGGCUCGCAAACGUCGUGUGUGUCGCAGAUGUGUUGUUUCUAAUCAGUAUGUUGGACUAAUUUGUGAGGUGGUGACUAAAUAACUCGUACAUCAUUUAUACCCUCCACACAACUGUUUUACUUAUUUUUAAAACUAACUUCUUUUGCAUUAAAUUCACUACACUUUAAUGUGUGUGGAAAUAUUUAUUCCCCAAUAAAGUAUACAUAAUAAAAAUUUACGUGAAAAGCAAUUUGAUAUUUGUCUUCAUAUAAGGUAUGGUUAGAACGAAUCGAAACUCUUUAUAUAAAAUAAAAUUUAAAAAUUUAGAAAUAAUACAACUUCAUGAAUUUAUCACGACAAAGAAAUCAAAUAUAUUUUAUAAAUUGAUGCAUUAUUCAGAAAAUACACUUUUACUGAGCACUACUAAAAAUAAUCUAACUAAAUAUGACUAACGUGAAAUAAAAAAAAAACAUGCUGUGAAAGAAGUAAUGUUUAAAUAUAUAAAGAAUAAUGCGAAUAACAACCUACAAUUAUUAGAAGUAAUAUAGUGCAACAGUAAUUCAACACUCGCAUGACAAUAAAAUUCAAAGCAACUUGCAGCCACGUCUAAGAUAAUUCAUAAACAUGUUCUAGAGUCUAUGGUCUGUACAUAUUCCACCUUCCUAGGUUUAGCACUAGGGCGAACGAAAUAACUCAUUUCCCAUAAGUCCUAGACUAACCUUACUGAAUUGUAUCUUAAUCUGUAACUAGAGCACUGAAAUAGUGUUACCAGAACAUAAGUGUUACAAUUUCUAUAAGCAUACAAUGCAACUGCAAUACAGUAUUUUAUAACAAACAUUAUCAGAGUUCCAUUCCAAUUCUAACAACAAAUUACUACUACUUUGAAUACGUUAACUAGAUCUUCUGUGUUGUAAGUUAUAACAUAUCUGACAGAACUACAUCAUGUAAUGUUCAAAAUUAAUAUCAAUAUUUAUUUUGGAAUGUAUUCCUGUUAUAUUAGAGCACAUGUGGAGGAGUUUUCAACAUUGUUUAUUGACGUUCUUAGUUGUAAAAAUAAAAUGUAAAAGUUGUUUUUUAUUACUGCCCUGAGUCUUCAAAAUCUUCUUAAAGCUCUAGAUUGUUAGUUUUGUAUAUUUUACCGAAUAUUACGUUACUUUUGUUAGUUUCUGCGACACACACGAGGAGAGCAGCCUAUCAGGCAAUACCGGGCGAUCUUGGCCCAUCAAUUACAGUAUGUGUUCCUCUGUACAUACUAGCCUACUGACAUGUUAGUAAAUGUUGAACUCUAA